AUGCCUGAACCAGCUCCAACUAUAGCACUUGACAGUAAAGAACCCACCCUGGCUGAGGUGAAAGAUGUAGUGAAGAAAGCUAGAGCUGGCUCUGCCCCAGGAUCUAAUGGAAUACCAUAUAAGGUCUACAAGAUGUGCCCAAGACUGCUUCGUCGCCUUUGGCGCCUAAUUAAGAUGGUAUGGAGAAAAGGACAAGUACCGGAGUUCUGGCAGAAAGCAGAAGGCCUAUUUGUUCCUAAGGAAACAAACUCGCACAACAUUAGCCAGUUCAGGACAAUAUCUUUUUUAAAUGUGGGCGGCAAGAUCUUCUUUGCUGCCCUCGCUAGAAGACUGACCACACACCUUGCUGCUAACAAAUAUGUGGAUGCUUCAAUCCAAAAACGAGGUGUGCCUGGAUUUUCUGGUUGUCUGAUAAGAAGAGCGCUGGAUCACUAUCACAUACCAGCACAUGUACAGAACGUUGUCCUUGGGUACCUAGACAACAUCCAGCUGCGUGUCUCAGUGGGAGAGAAGGUAACGGAGUGGCAGAUGCUUGAGAAGGGAAUCAUUACUGGCUGCACCGUUUCUGUUACCCUAUUUGGCAUGGGCAUGAACCUCAUCCUGAAUGCUGCCAAGAAGGAAAGCCGUGGACCAAAAACAGCGUCAUGGAUCUACCUACGAAGCAACAGGAGCAUCAUUGAUGACUUGACUAUAACAACCCAGACACAUGUGCAGGCUAGAUGGGUCCUCUCAGCUCUUGAGAAUACAACAUCUUGGGCAAGAAUGAAAUUCAAGCCAAAGAAAUCCAGAAGCCUUAUCAUCACGAAAGCCAGUCAACCAAGAAGUUCAACCUCCAGGUACAGGGAGAAUACAUACCAUCUAUCAUGGAUAGUCAAUUCAAGUGCCUGGGCAAGUGUGGAGGAGUUCAAGGCAUCAAAGGCACGACUGGUGGUAACUCUGAAUGAAUCCCGAGAUGAUAAGAUCAGGAAAGCUGGCAUAGAGACAAAAAAGAGAGAAAGUGGUCAGCCAGCCAGACAGUCCCAGGCCAAAAGUAGACUUAGGCAGCAAGGGCGCCAAGGUCUUGGAUUCUCAACAUGUCCUAACUGGAGCCAAGCAGCCAGCGGGGAAAAAAGAAAAAUGGUAGUAGAUGAUGUGCGGAAGAUGGAAGAAAACGAGAGAAGAUCUAGAGCAGUAGCCAUGGGUUCACAGGGAGCAUGGACAAAAUGGGACACCACACCAAGGAAGAUGACAUGGGACCAGAUCUGGAAGUAUGAGCCUUUGUGA